AAAAACAGACAUCUCUAGCUUAAACUGACAGAUUUGUUAAGGGGCUUUUUAAUUAUUAUGCUAAUUAGAUUUUUGCGAUAGCAUGGACAUCGACCAACGCUAAAGUGUCAAAGCAUUACAGCUCUGAAGUUCACAAACGAUGUUAUUCAAAUGAAAAUGUAUUCAACUGUAUGGCAGGGGUCUCCAUGAGAGCUACUUUUAAAAAAAUUAAAAAACGUUGCGAGCUACAUACUUCUCUUCUCUCCCAUGCAACGCUUACCCUGGUCCUUAGUGGACAAGAGAAAUUAGUGCACUGUAUUUCCUUUCAUUAUAACUUGCAUGUUGCAUGUUCUUAGUCCACGUCAAUGUUUGCGAUAAAAUACAAGGUUUCCAUGUGGUUACGGACCCUUCAACACCACUAACUGUAAGAGAAGAGCUAUAAGAUCAUCAAGGACAACAACCACCCGAGCCACUGCCUGUUCACCCCGUUACCAUCCAGAAGGCGAGGUCAGUACAGGUGCAUCAUAGCUGGGACCGAGAGACUGAAAAACAGCUUCUAUCUCAAGGCCAUCAGACUGAUAAACAGCCAUCACUAGCACAUUAGAGGCUGAUGCCUAUAGGCAUAGCCUAGAAAUCACUUUAAGGAAUUAAGGAAUGGAACACUAGUCACUUUAAUAAUGUUUCCAUAUUUGGCAUUACUCAUCUCAUAUGUUUAUACUGUAUUCUAUACUAUUCUACUGUAUCUUAGUCUGUCCCGCUCUGACAUCGCUCGCCAUAUGUGUAUGGUCUUAAUUCAUUCCCUCUUAGAUUUGUGUGUAUUGGGUGUAUGUUGCACACUUUGUUAGAUAUUACUUGUUAGAUAUUACUGCACUGUCGGAGCUAGAAGGACAAGCAUUUUGCUACACCCGCAAUAACAUCUGCUAAUCACGUGUAUGUGACCACUAAAAUUAGAUUGUAUUUAUUUACAGUAGGAGUGUUUCUACCGGACGCACUCUGUCUAUUUAUAAUUUUACUACACUUUUACUGACGUGAAAGCAUCACUCUUUCUUCCUGUGUUCAGUUCUGGACAACGUGACUCAAGGAAAAAAAGAAUAUGUUGAUUGAGUCCUGAAAACCUGUCAAAUGAGACAUAGUGUAAUUACACAUGUAUUUUAAAUUGGGCCAAUACUACAGCUAUGACUCUAUGUAUAUAUAUUUUUUUUAAAGGAGGUUCCGACCCCUUUUCAUAUUUCUUUAUUGCUUUAGUCUGUACAGCGGGAAGGUAGAGAUGGAUUACAGAUAUCAGGGGCGUGAGCUUUUGCAGCGUUGCCAAAAACCGGAAAUUCUGUUUUUCAGGGGAGAAGAGAGAGCCUGUGAUAUGACUUCUGCUUGUGAACGUUAAAGGGGAAUUUCAAUCAAAAACUAUAUUUUUUCCUUUGUCCACUGUUGAUACAGUCCCAACAUAUUUUGCAUGUCAGCAGUCAAGUUGUCAAGAUAUUGGACUUUUAAGAAGAAGAGUGUCUCCAGCCACAUUAACAUGACGAUGCAACAUUUUGUAUCAACAGUGGUGGAAAGGUUUUCGUGGAUGGAAAGAGGUGUGGAUCAAAGCACAGCGUGGUGUGUGGCUGAGGUUGAUGACACUGACGGCUCUGACAGUUCUCAUGGCAGCUCAAAGACCUGAGGUUUUCACUUUGAUGGUUCAUCAUGGUCGGAUCUUGACCGCGUUGAACUCCUCAGUCUCUCUGGCUUGUGAACUCUCACCUCUCUUCAAUGCUGAGCCAUUGGAGGUGCGCUGGUACCGGUCUGGUGACUUCGACAAACCUGCCUUGUUGUACAGAGAUCACAAGAUCCAGGAGGACCCUGUGGACCCCCGGUACAAGGGCAGGGUGUCUCUAACUGGGGGGCUGGAUAGAGGGAAUGUGUCCCUGACACUGGAGAGGGUCACACUGGAAGACGGGGGGGAGUAUGUGUGCCGUGUCAGCAACGCACAGUGGUAUGAAAAAGCCAGUGUCUUCCUCACAGUAAAGGUACUAGGUGGUACCCCGGUGGUCUCUGUUGCCGAAGCAAGAGGAGGAGGAGGUCGGGUGAACGUUACCUGUUCAUCAGAAGGCUGGUCACCAUAUCCUACACUCACCUGGAGAAACAAAGAGGGGACAGAGAUCAGAAAUGGACGAGAAGUACUGAACACUCCAGAUCCUCAGGGCUUGGUGAGAAUCAGUAGUUGGAUGCUGUAUGCUCCCUCAGACACCGAUUGGCUCUCCUGUACAGUCUCUCUGUCUGAGGAGGAGAAGAAGGAGAGUAGAAUCCUGCCCAGAGCUCCAACGGAGGGACAUUGGGGUCUUGGAGCCUUCAUCACGACUCUGAUUAUUUUACUGCUUGUUGUCUCUGCUGUUAUUGGGCUCUUCGUCUGGAUCAAGAAAACUGGGUUUGUCAGAGUCUCAACAUUGAAGAAAAUGGCAAAUGGAAACGAUAAAACAGAGUCGACUGAGAAGCCUGAAGAAGAAACAGCUCUUGCCGGAGAAUGUGGUACGCAAACUGCCAAGGAAACAACUACACAGUGUGUCCCGAAAGAAUGGGGUGAAGUAAAAAGAUUCAAAGUGGACAUCACUCUGGACCCAAAGCCUGGUCAUCCGUAUCUACAAGUGUCUCCAAAUCGAAAGAAGGUCUACUCUAAGACAUCAAAAGAACCUAAUGUUUCCACAGCCCCUCAUGUCCUUAGUGAGGACAAAUUCAGCUCCGGACAGAUAUACUGGGAAGUGGUGGUGAGGAAUGGUGGAAUUUUCAAUUCAUUUCUUGGAGAGAAACAGUCAUGGUACGUCGGGGUAGCCACAGACACAGCCACUCUGACAACCGGUGUUGUACCUUUAACCCCACAGAAUGGUUUCUGGGUUUUUACAUUUAAAAAAGAAAAAGGGUGUUGUGUCUAUGAUGACCCUCAAAUGCCAGUAUCUGGAAAUGAAAGCCCUUCAGUGUUGAGUGACGUGUCAGCAGACAUUCUUACAACACUGGGAGUGUUCUUAGAUUGUGACAGACAGAUGAUUUCCUUUUAUGAUGCUGAUUCAAAGGUACAUCUUUACAGUUUGUUUAACGUUGUGUCAUCUAACACAUUCUUUGCUGUAUUCAGCCCUGGGUUACGUGACACCUGUCCCUUAACAGUAAAAUGACUCUGGAUGACAAAGUGUUAUGGAAUAGGCCAGGUAGUUUAGUUCUUAGGAACACAAUUAUACACUACACUACCACUUUGACAUUUCAUCCCCAGGUAGCAGCAACAGAGGCAGGUGCUGUCCUCUGCCAGGAAGUCUUGAACAGGUGUGGGCAAUCGGGGUGUGGCAGCUUGUAGAGCCGUGAGGCUGUUGUAGUUUGAUGGCCAUGUGGGCUUUCGGUUCGGUUUUAAAUCUUCAGUUUUUGAGAUGACAUUUUUCUGUCCUUUUUCUAUACACAAAUAUUUGUUGAUCACUGUGGCGACACGUCAUUCAGGGCAGGUGGAGCAUUUUUACAAACAAUGUAAAAAAAAUUUAUCAAUGAGUUAAUAAAGCUGCAUACAAACAUUCA